CGCUCCCCGAGUGUCGACCCGUGAUGCGGGCACUUAACGCCGCUGAGGUCGACGCCGUCUGGAGCCGCACACUGCUAGCACGUCUGGAGACGCUGCUCGAGGCGCCCGUCAUCGACAUCGUGCCAGUCAGCUGCGUGGUGCCCGCCUGGAUCCGACACAACACGGUCCGCGUGACGCAGCGCGGCCUGGUGCAGCCCCUGCAGCCCGGACAGCCGGCGCUGCCCCGCUGGCUCCUGCUCGCCAUGAAGUCACUCGCCAACUGGCCGCAGUACCAGCUGGCCGACUUGCCGGAGAGCGACUACGCCGACUUCCAGCUGGACGUGUUCUGCGUCAUCCGCGACUACUUCGCCGCGCUGCCGUUCCCGCUGGUGCCGUACGACCUGUACGAUCCGCUGGUCGCCGCCUUCCUGCGCGCCGAGGACGCGGACCGACGCCUGCGACAGCGGCAGCCGACAGCGCGCGCGCCCGGCUCCGUGGAGAACCUGCUGCUGCUCAUGUCGCCGACGGCGGAGGCCUCCACGCCGCGCCAGCCUGUCCUCACGCCAUUGACGGCGCUGCGUCGCGGCGACGGCGGUUACCGCGAUUUCAAGGAGGACUCGCUGUUUGCGCCGCCGGCGCCCGUCACGCCGGCGCGCCAGAGCGUAGCCCAGCUGCGCUCACGCCUCAUGCGGCUGGGGCGCCGACGUCACAACAUGUCCGUGUCCAGCACGCAGUCUGGCGGCCGACCAUUGGACGCGUCUUGCCCCGAGCCGCGCGACUGCCGGUACUCGGCGUCGAGCCUGCCGCCGGCCGAGGCGCUCUCCUCGUCUGCCACGUCGAGUUUCUACUCGCCGGUGUUCUCCCCCGGGCUGGCGCAGGCGGCCCGUCAGCGUCACUCGGGUGAGCGCGCGGCGAGCUGA